AGCCCCACGCCGGGGUGGGAGGGCGUGAGGGCCCGAGGGCCCCCUGGAAAUGGCCCCUUUUUACGCGGGGUGGAAGCUGCUCUUCCCCCAGAACUUCUAGUGUUUGGAGAACUGGGAUGGUUCGGAGUGUGAAUUUUUCUUUCAUUUAUUUAUUUCUUAAAUCAAAUGCUGACACACACAGGUGAGUUUCUCAUUUUGAAGCGAAGACUGAUGGCUGAGGUGUGAUUUUUGCAGCGUGAUUGUGUGGGUGCUGGAGGAAGCGUCCUGUGGGGGAUGGUUUCUGGCGGGCCCCAGGGGGCCUGGCCUGGAGGGGGCACGAUGGAUUCCUAGGCCUGGGUGGGGCGAGGCCUGGCAUGAUCCUGGCCUGGGCAGGUACAAGGUGGAGUGGGCAGUAGUGCUUAAUCUCUGGCGGCUGGGAGGACCUCCAUGCUUCUUGCCUGCCCUGUCUUAAGGCCCCGAAGGGCAAGACUUCCCUGGUGGGCCGGUGCUUAGGACUCCGCGCUUUGACGGCUUGUGGGCCCAGGUUCAGUCCCUGGUUGGUCAGGGGACUGAGAUCCUGCACGCAGAUCGUGCAGCGUGGCCAAUAAAUAAAUAAAAAACAGCCACACCAGCAGAGAAUAAGCCCUGGUUCAAAAAGGAACCUGAAGGACAUUGGGACCUGGUUCCAGGCCUGGUGACCUUUUGGCCUCCACGCCCAGGGUGGCUGAAAAAGAACUUUCCAAAAAAAAACAAAACAGUUUUAUGAGUCAACCGUAGUCUGUCUCUGAGAUUUUUCUGUUCUAAGGGUGCUCAAAAGGUAUCGUGUUUAUUUUGCCGUCACUUUCGUCUGUUGAGAUCAGGUUUAAUUCCCUUGAGUCGCAGGUUGGACCUUUGCUGGCCCAGGGGCUUCUCACGUGUUGUGAAGGGGAGACGGAGGGGGUGCUGGAUGGGAGCUGUGUUUGCAGUGGGGAAGGGGCUGGCUGGUAGCUGGGGGGGGCUGGAGGCACUGGAAGGCUCUAAAGGGGACUGGGGUGUCGGAGGGGGUCGGUAGAGGCAUUUGGGGCUGAGGAUGGGGGCAGGGGAAGUGGGCAGAGCCUGGGGCCAGGGCAAGGCCCUGGGGGGCAUCCCGGGGGUCAGGCCACUGCGGGGAACUGGAGGGGCAUCGUCUGGGGCAAAGCCUGCAGGGAAAGGCAUGAGUUCCCGGACCUGUCUGAGCUGUGACUUUCCGGGUGCCAGCGGGGAGGGGGCGGGGUUGUGUAGCAUAGGCGGCCCAAGGUUGCCCCUGAGUCCUCUUCCCAGGAAGUCAGAACUCCGCCGUCCCGCACACCUCCCCUUGGUGAUCUUCACACCUGCCCUGUGAAGCAGGAAAGGGGAUUUUUUUUUAAUCACCUCUAAUUUGCAGGUCGAGUGGUGUGACCCACUUAAGGUCACCGAGUCAGCAAUGCCACUUUCCGACUUCUGGGUCUUAAACGCCUUCAAGGCUUUUGGACUUGCAGGCAGUGGGACCCACUGCCCUCCACCUGUUCCUGAAGGUGGGGAGGGGGAGAGAGUCUCCCGUUGUUGAGGAUGGAGAGAGAGGCUGGCUGGGGGUCUGGGCAGGGGCGGGGUUCUGGCAGAGAAGCUCAGCUUUCUGAACUCCUGCCUCCGUCACACCUUGAAAAUGCCCGGCUUUUUCAGGCCGUGUUGUACAUUUGGCAAAUACUGUGCUUGGAUAUACGGAGACUUAGAAAGUAGGGCUCUUGGCACCGAAAAUACAGCAGUAAUGGAAACCUGUUUACCUUUCUCCAGUGCGAGGUUUCUCGAGCUUAUUUGAUUAAUAUCCAUGGGACUGGUGUUCUGAGCUUCUGACUUGGGGAAAUUCUACACUCGGGAAAGUUUCUCUUUGCAGGAAGUUUUGCAGGUUCUCCCGGUAACGAGAAGUCCUCGAGGAUGGCUCAGAGCCCCUGACUUUGGGCCCGUCCGCCAGGUUUGGGGCCUGGUUCUGCCACUGCCUCCGUGACCCUGGGCAGGUCCCGUCACUGCUCCAGCAUCACGCCUGUGAUGAAUGGGAAUCAUCGACUCCCAACACCCAUGGGGGCCUUUGGGCUGGGGGUCUGUGUGCAGGGAGUGUCAGACCUGCUGCACGCGUGGUCAGCCCCGGCCAGGUGCUCACCUCCAGUGUUCACACCUGCUUGGCAGACGUGGACGGAUGUGAGCUGUCGGGGAACUGAGGCCCUGGGGGACGUUUCUGGCCGUUGUCCUGCAUGGGACGGAGGCCCCCUGGCUGGCAGCCAUCCGCUGUGCUGUUGUCCCAACAGUUGGGAAGAGAGUGGCGUGGGUGCUCGGGGUGUCCCUCCCGCGUCUUGGGCUCCUUGUCCUGGGGGAGAGGCGCUCCUGGGCCCCCCGAGAGCUGCUGCACCUCCCCCUUCUCUCUGACCUCCAGGUCCUCUCCUGCCCUGGCCCCCAGGGAUACAGCAGCCUCCGAGCCGUCUGGGGGGCUCUUCGCGGGGCGUGAGAGGACCCUCAGGGCUUCUGAGGGCCAGCCCCCUCGUUCUGUGAGCGGGGGAAGCAGCCCCAGAGAGGCAGCGUGACUUUCUCAAGGGCCCAUGGCUUGUGAACGCUGCCCCUUGGCGUUCCCUCGGGCCCCUGCCCGUGGGCAUUCUCUUCCCAUCUCUCUCGGGUCAAGGUCAGCUGAUGCUCGUAUACAAACAUCAUUCCAGCUUCCUUCCCGACCAUUUUGGGCCUUGGAGCCUUGAGCAUGAGGAAACGAGUCUGUUACACGCUGACCCAUGUGUUUGUCCUGGAAUGGCCCUGGGGGUGGGGUUGAAUCAAGUGCCGGCCCUCGGGAUCCUCCUGACAGGCGAGAGCUGGUGUCAGGUGAGACGGGCCUGGAACCUAAGAGAAUGAGGAGGAUUAUCCUAAAAGUGCCCGCGUGCGCGUUGAGUCGCUCAGCCCUGUCUGACUCUGCAGCCCCGGGGACUGUGGCCUGCCAGGCUCCUCUGUCCGUGGGAUUCUCCGGGCAGGAAUCCUGGAGGGGGUUGCCAGGCCCUUCUCCACCCAGCAAAGUAUAGGUGUUUACGUUAUUCCCAUUUUACAGAUGAAGAGGCUGAGGCUCAGUGUGGAUGCGUCCUUUGGCCACGGGUGGGGCGGCGGUGCAGCCUGUGUGGGCGCAGUGGGCGGUGCUCGGGACAGGCCCCGCCCCGCGUCCCGGCCAGACCGAGGCUCAGGCUGUAGGGUCCUUGGUGCUCGGGGUUAGGACAGCGUCCCCUGGGCUGGGGGAGGGUGAGUGGGGUUCAGACAGUGGGCGGGAUGCAUGCUCCCCUCCGCGAACCCCCCCCCCCGGGCCUCCUCCAGGGCCCACGGGGCUGCUGGCCCGCUGGGUCCCCUCUGGCGUGGACAUAUCCGCCCACCUUGCGCGGGUCUGCAGCCCCUUGGCCCUGGCCUGUCCCCAGCCUCCCCUCUGCCCCACAGGGGAGAGGCUGUUGGGCGCAGCUGCCCCUCCUUCCAGGGCGCUCCUGAUUCCUGGAGCUCUAAGACCUCCUCCGCCCCACCUCCAGAGUCGCCUUAGUUUCUGUCAGCAACCUGGGGAAGGACAGACUGACAUGCGCUCCCGUUCUCUCCCCGCUUCCAGCCUGGUGCUUACUCACCUGCCUCACGCUCUUCCCCUGCAGCCCAGGAUCCGGGGCUCGUGGCCUGGCUUCCGGGCACUGCCCACCUUUCCCACGCCCGUGUGCAGGGGGUGUGUGUGUGUGUGUGUGUCGGGUGUGGCUCUGCGGUGCUUGUGCCAGUGUGUGGAAGGAGUGACCGGUGAACGGUGCCCACUUCCCCGCAGGAGACGCGCCGUGAGUGUGUGCAGGUGUGUCUGUGUCUCGGGGGCAGGCGGGCAGCUGGGCCACACACAGGCUCCUCGGUGCGGAGCGCGAGCUGGUGAGCGCGCUGUGCGUGCCGGCUGGUACGGGUCGUGUCUCGAGGGCGCAGCGGGUAGAAGACGCAGUUUGGGGACAAGGUGGGGUCCCCGCCCCUCGGCAGACAUCCGCUCUGUCCCAGGCCCUGGGCCACGUGGGGGACGCAGGCGGCCGGGGCCCGGCGUUGCUCGCUGACGGGCCGUGGGGACAGAGGACCUAGACUUGCGGAGGGGCUGGCAGCUUCAGCCCAGGGUGUGCAGGGCUGGGGGGCGGGCCCGCGCGGUCAGGUACGCGGCCGUCCACGGGGGCCGCGUGUGCAGAGAGGCGCACGCAGGGAGGGCUGAGCUGGAGGGCGGGGGGCGGCUGAGAGGCCGGCUGGGCAGGCGGACCACACCCUGGGAGGGCAGCAGUAAAGAUCGCGUUGGUGGGCACGUCCCCCGCGCAGCUCCGAGUGAGGCGUUCGGAGUCUCACUCCGCGCCCCCAGCGACUCUGUACUUAGCAGACCCCAAGGCUCAUGGGGUCCUCUGCGCGCGGCUCUGUGCAAGGUGUUCAGAGUCUCACUCCAUGCCUCCGGUGACCCUGUAGUUAGCAGACCCUUUGGGGGUGAAGGGACGCCCCCAUCGUCUCAGGCAGCGGGGAGCCUGGCAUUUGAACACGCCGGGCUGGCCCAGCUCGCGCCCGGCGUGCCGUCCGCGGGGAGGCGUGGAUGGGCCGCAGGGAAACAGACCGAGAAAGGCGCCCUGCGUGGCGGGGGGGCAGGCUUUGGGUGGGCCCCGCGGCCCCGCAUGACCUCGGCCUCUCCUCUGU